AUUUUCAAACUUAUUUUUUUUAUAGAAAGUGGCUGCCAUCCGAGAAAAGUUGUCAUCUGUCAUGAAAGAAAGCUUAAUCCAUGCCUACAGUGACAUGAUACAGGCUGCAUACUUGGCAACGGAACAAGAAGGAUUUAACUUGGUUGAUCAACAACUAAUAGCAGUUAAUAUUGAUGGCAUCGUUGAUAAGUUAUAUGAGAUAACAUCAGCCACCUACAACACACCAGUACCUGAGGAUUUUAUCCAAGCUACUGGAUCAUACGAAAAGUUGGCCGAUAUAUAUUACAAGAAGUGUGAUUUUGAAGUGCUGGGAAUAAAGAAUGCAAACUUCUUCAGAAAAUCUUCUGAGAAAAAAUCUUUGUUUGAAAAAAAGGAGAGUGGUGAAGAAGGCUGUUUCUUCCCCAUAAAUGGCGGAAUUCGAAUAAACCCAGUUACUCGUGAUGAAAAAUGCAGAGGAAUAACCAACAUCAAAGCAGGUUACCAAAUCAAAUUAAAGUUGUCUUUAAUGGAAGGAAAUGUGGGUUUUGGAUGGGUCAGACAGAAUGCAUUCUUUAGGAGGAAGACAUGGGGAUUUUAUUUCUUAAGAUCAGAAGAUGCAAAAACAACAUCAGCAAAAGGUGUGACAUCAGAAGCAUCACUCAAAGCUUUUCCAACAAUUGAAGUUACCGAUUGUUCUUACGAUUACAGAGGACAGGGAGAUACUCCCUGUGUUAUAGCCGAGAACGAAAACACAGAAAAGAAAGAUCAAGAAAAUGCAGUGGUAGUACCUAUGAUCAAGAAAAUUAUUGCUGAAUGCAUUGAUGAAAUUAAACUUGAAGAAAACAUAUUGGUAGUUUGAAUUGUAAAAAAAACCAAUUAUAAGCCAAAUGAAUGUUUUAAUUGUACAUAUAAC